UCAGAUUGCGAAAACAGUGAAACGAACGUUACCCGCGAAGACUUCUUGUUAAGAAGACUAAGUGCCAUUUGUAACAAGUUUACCACACGCAGUGAUAUUUAGUUAUACGUUAGUGAUAGUGCGUAUCGUGAUAUAGUCAUAUACAUACUUAAUUUAGGUGCUAACCGCUACCGGUAAUUUUAGUGCGAAAACGUUACCAAAAAGAUACGAAACUGGCUCCAUACAAGGAUAUAAUGAAUUCUACGAGCAUGAGCUCCACGGUGCCGACAAUCAAGUGCGAGGAUACAUCGCCAUCGCCUUCGGCGCCCGUGGGCACGGACGGCGACACCGCCAGCACCUACAACCUUAGCGUCAACGUCAAUCUCAGCGCUGCCAUGAUCAACAUGCUGACGGCUGAAACCGCUGGCCCCACUACCCUCAGAACCCCCGAAAUCGUCAACGAUGUCAUCACCAUGACCAACCCUUUGGACCAGUACAACUACGAGAAAAAUGCCAGUUUCAAGAGUGGCAGCGGAAAUGACUCCAACUCCUCCAUGUCAAACGGCUCGUCAGCUACUUCACCAGCUUCAAGCACUCCGCCGAGUAUACAAAAGACGUGUUCGGAACUAAUAAAGGCUGGUCUGAAGUUGUCGAUAGAGUCAAAACGGAAGAUGUCUGGGAGCGACACGGACGUUGGCAUGAAGCGGAUGAAGAAGGAGGAGAGUGAUGACGACUACGACAGUAGCCACACGCUUACCAACAAGUCUGAUGGGCUUACACCAGAGGACGAGGAGCGCAGGCGGCGUAGGAGAGAACGAAAUAAGAUAGCUGCAACAAAAUGUAGGAUGAAGAAACGUGAGAGGACGGUCAACCUGGUCACCGAAAGCGAGGUGCUGGAGAAUCAGAACAUAGACCUUAAGGCCCAACUUAAGGACUUAGAAGUUCAAAAGCGUCGGUUGAUGGACAUGUUGACGAUCCACGCAGCGUCGUGUGUGAAGUCAAACAAUUCCAACACGAGGCAGUCUCCAACAACGCCGUACAACAUGAUCGGCCCCUACGACUCACCGACAACAUUCCCAGUGUCGUUCGACGCGCACUCUCCCUACAUCCGACCAGAGUCGGCCAAUAUACUCACGUCCAGCUAUACAUGUGUCACCCCACUUAACGGGGACUCUUCUAUCGACACUAUAUCGUCCUUAGAUACCAUCUAUGUUGCACCUCAGCUGACAGACCCCGAAUACAAUCGACCCGACAGUGUUCUCAGUCUGCCACCAGCUUCGGAACGCAGUUACGUCACCACAGACGGCUACCUGCCCAAGUCUACGAAUCUUCUCGUCCCGAUCGACUCAGAACAGGAUUAUUAUGAUCCUGAGGCGAAUUAUAACCUGGGGAACCAGCAGUGCCACACAUACCCCAAUACGAUCCCCGAAGCGACAAGCAAACUCAAUAACGGCCUUAAUGAUGGAUGCCUCGUGUAGUUAGAUCAUCCACAUUAUCAGUAAUCAUUUUUUGUCGGGUCCAAAUUUAUUUUCGACAUGUAUACGUAUAAUUUAAGCAUUGGAGUUAUUAAAAUUCGAAAUAGAGUGUCACCGUUUAUAAUAAUUCCAUACGAUCUUCCA